CGAGGAUUGGAUUAGCCGGCGUUAUUGUGUUUGAUUUGGGAAUGUCUGAAGGAGAAGACCAGAUCCCAAUUGUUAUUCUGAAGGUGUUACCCGGCAAUGGAUAUUCUUUAACAUUCAUGCUACAGUACUGUUUAGAUUUCAAAAACACUUUUUUAUUUUAUGAUCCUGUUGUAAUGAAAAUGAAUUGAAUCUUUCUACAUAAACAGAACAUGGAAUCCAAUUAAGAUCAAUGAUAUAAUGACAAGAUUGGGGAGGCGAGGGAUCUAAACAAGGCUAAUCCAAUAGAGCAACAUCGUAACAUCUUUGUUUACCUUGAAGUUCUCGUAAACUUCUCCUACGAUGGAUUAUUUGAUAAAAGUAUUGAUUUGACGUAUUGAUUGACUGGACUAAUUCGUGAUAACUACAUGCCAAAAGGAUUCUAAUGAUUUAACAAUGCAGUGCAGAGGAACACAAGCUACCAAAAGCUUCCCGACACGGGAGUUCUUUUUUACCCCCAAAGAAUCCUAAACUUCAUCGUUUUUGUUUUAACAUCAUUACCUUAUUUACAUGGAGAGAGGAGAGGGAAGCAGGGGAGCUUCAUUGGUGGGCUUUUCUUGUUUUUGUAGAAUACAUGCAGGAAGACAGGAGCCAUCACACCAAAUACAGCACCCUCUUCCUCUUUCUUAACGCAUGGCAAUUGGGGUCAUCUCAAGAUAUCCUUCACUAUCUGCUAACCGGAGAGAAGGUGAAAAAGUGAAGGCUGAAGAGUAGACCUCUCGUUUGAGGAUCAUGAAAUUCUAUAGUACUGUCAAGUCCUUUAAUAGAAGGAAAGGGGCGAUGCAAACCCAUCCUUCUUCGUUGAAUACUGAGUCAGUAGGCUUAUAUUGUUUAAAUAAAAAUCUCCAAUAUUCUGCUGUCCUGCCUGAUUGCGUACAACCAAAACCACCCAAUUCCCUCCCACAGGCAUCCUUGUUCCUAACACGGACAUUAAACGCGAGCCCUAUCUUGAAUGAUGCUGUUUCUUAUGGCUCCAUUGGUCAACCUCGCAAAGGCACCAUGUUCUCCGCCAGUUUACAACCAUCACCUUUGACAAUUGCUGAGAGUGAUCUCCAGCUUCCCACCUCACCUUUCCUUCAACGUCCUCUACCUGUCGAUCAUAUCACUCCCCCUUCAGACUCUUUAUUUCUUGGAGGACAAGAUGUAAUUACUGAGCCUGAAAACGAAAAUUUGAUGGGUGUCCUGGACGAGUGCUCUGGUGGGAGCUUUACAGGUUUGCACUGCACUAAGGAGAGUUUGACAUCCACUGAGAAGCUUGUACUUCAAUAUUUGUCCAAGGAGCUUGAAAUUCCCGUCGAUGACGUCUCCCAAAAUUCCACCCUCAAUGAAGCACAGCGAGUUUCAUCGAUCCCUGUCACUGAGUUGAAUCAUAAAGCAAACUAUCGUUCGUCAGCUGCACAAAUGGAUGACAGCAUUAACCGACUUCCUGAAGCUGCAACUUCACAAAAGCAAAGAAUAAGAUGGACGACUGAGCUUCAUGACCUUUUUGUAGAUGCAGUUAAAUCCCUCGGAGGCCCUGAUGUUGCAACUCCAAAAAGUAUAUUGGGUAUUAUGAAUGUUAAGGGCUUAAGUAUCUAUCAUGUCAAGAGCCAUUUGCAGAAGUACCGCCUAGCUAAAAAAUUUCCGGAGACAAAUCAUGACAAGAGCACUUCCACCGUGGUAGAGAAUAAAGCAGCUUCAUCGAACAGUAACAAUGAUGCACUUGUCAUUGAGUCCAAUAGAGACGUGCAAGUAACAGAGGCUUUGCGCACACAAAUUGAAAUUCAAAAGCUGCUGCAUGAGCAGCUUAAGGCACAGAAAGAGCUUCAGAUACGCAUUGAGCAGAAUGAAAAGUUCUUGCGGGAGUUAAUGGAACAGAAAGCGAUUUCGAUCUAUGAGCCAUCAUCAUUUGCUGUCCCUGCCUCAGAACCCAAACUGCUGCCUCACUCUCCAUCUGCUGAUGUUUCCUCACCAGGGCAAGCUGCAGUGAAUAGUGAUUGCUAUUUAUUCCAACCAUCAAAUCACAAAGACUCUGACGCUGUGGAAUCUGAGAAGGCAAAAUGUCCUAAACGGGAUCGAGGACAAAAGGAACAUCCGAUCCUACACUAAACUAGUUGACAAUUGCAGAAAAUGAAAGUUCACUGGAAGCCAUGAUUCUGAGCAUUUGAUGAUUGAAAAGCCUUUUGUAUGAUUGCUGCACUCAAGUUCUCGUGUGUAAUGCGCGCCACUUGCAAUUAUAAGAAUAAUACUAUCGUGCGCAAAUUCCAUCCCAAUAUGAGAACUAAAAAUGUUUAGGUUUGCAUCUUCAAAGAAGCUGAGGAGUGUUAGCUGAGAUUUCAAGGAAAGAAAAUCAGUCAAAUUUAUGCAGCAAAAGUUCGAUGUUUCUAGCUCAACUGUUGGUUUGACGCUUCAAUCUCCAUGUUGAGUACAUCUAAUUCAAUUCAAGAUGGACAAGCAGUAGGUACAACUCUCUCAGUUUAAAAAGCAACAAGGGAAUAAAAACCAUCAGGUUACCUUUUAAUUUUACAUCUCCUUCAAGAUUUUAGUCCUGAACAUCCAAAAAAAAAAAAUCGUUUCUAUGCGGGUUAUAGGUGGUAGUUAACUGCCACACGAAAGAGAGGAGGCAAAAAUAUAAGAAGAAAAGAGAAGCGAUCGAUGCCAUGGUA